AUGAGGGUCUUAAGCUAUGUGUGGAAGAGUAUCUCCCAAAGUAAAGCCUUGGAGCUCGCCGGUCCACUCGAAACCGCCUUCUUCGCAUCCGUUUAUCGACUUUCUUUCUUUGUAGGUCUGUCCAUGUCAGACGACUAUCUUCUCUACACGCUGUACAGCAGUUUCAUUAGAAUAAUAUGUUCUCUUGUGGUCUGGUUUGAGAUCUGGCAUGUCUUGGGGAACACUGAUGUGAGCCUGGACCAGAUUAUAUCGAGCGUCAACGUUAUCUUUAUACAUUUGGUCACUAUUUGGAAACUUGUGACUAUGGUAAAAAACAAGUCAAUUUUCAAGAGACUAGCUAAGGCUUUGGAAUCUUCAAGUUUCGACAUGUCUUCUCCACGGAUACAGUGUGUUAUCAAUAAUUGGAUACUCAUUAGUAAUCAGUACUUCAAAAUGUUACUUAGGCUGGGCUUGUUGACAUUGACCGUCUGGGAAUCGUACCCAAUGAUCGAUGAAAUAAAGUUCAAUUUAAUGGUGGACGUGAAACUCCCGUUUGAGUACCAAAGUCUGUUCACCUAUAUAGUGACGUAUAUAGCAGUGGCCAUAAUGUUCGCGUAUGCAUCGCUCAUGGUGAUAAUAUCGGAGCUGAUCAUGCAAGCUCACUUGAUACGCCUCAUCUGCCAGUUUGAUGUGCUCGCUGACUGCUUUGAGAAUAUCUUUGAGGAGUGUGCUGAGGAAUUUCCAGAUCUAACGAAACACGAACUGGUAAAAGAUAAAACGUUUGUUGAUAAAUACGUAAAGAGACUUGGAGAUCUAGUGGCACAGCAUCGAGAGAUUUUGGAUCAAACUAACGACCUGAGGACAAUACUAAGCGCCCCGUUGCUGGGACAACUGACUUGCAGUGGUCUGCUCAUCUGCUUCGUAGGUUAUCAAGCUACUGCUACUAUUGCGGAGAAUUUGGGGAAAUUUGUCAUGAGUCUGCUCUAUUUGGGUUACAACAUGUUCACUUGGUAUCUCAUGUGCCGAUGGUGUGAGGAGAUUACUAUUAAGAGCCAACGUAUAGGGGAGGCAGCAUACUUCUCAGGCUGGGAGAGUGGUAUAUCGCUGGCUCCUGGUGCACGCGCCACCAUCACCCUCGUGAUUGCUCGAGCUAACAAGCCGCUGGUAUUUGUAGCUGGUGGCAUGUACACACUGUCGCUCUCUUCUUAUACCACUUUGGUGAAGGCUUCAUACAGUGCUCUGAACAUUCUUCUAACGAUGAGCCACGAGUGAUGAUAUUUAACAAAAAUACUUCGCUCAUUUCGAUCGAUUUUUAGCCACAUGUAGAUUAAUUUUAGAAGUAUAGUUU